AUGGUUGUGCUUUUCCGAUUCUUCUCUCUCUUUUCCGUUGUUGCGGCUGCAGCCCAACAUGUAUCGCCGAAUGGCGACUGGGCGCUUGUUGAGCGAGUCGGUGUCCCUGCUGGCUGGCUUCGAGGCCCGAUGGCUGACCCGAAAACGAUGUUCGACAUGAAAAUUAAUUUGCGCGAUGCGUCUAAAGUUGAACAUUUACAUCAAAAGGUGAUGGAACUCAGUACUCCCGGCCAUGCUUCAUACGGACAGCAUCUAAAGCGCGAAGCAAUCGACACCUUGAUGAAGCCUAAUGUGACAGUGACAGAGAGCAUUCUUCAGUGGCUGAAGGACGGAGGCGUACAACUAGAAAAUGUCAAAUCUCGUGCAGACUGGAUUCGCGUAUCCUUGCCGGUUGGAGUAGCGUCCAAACUCCUAAACGCCCGUUUCUACGAGUUCACGGACAGAUACACCAAAGUCAAAAAGAUCAGAACCACAGAAUAUUGGGUUCCAAAGACCCCAUCGGUAACAUUUCGGCGGCUUGCCCAGAGGGCAAUACCCCCCAAUUGUCUUCGGGAGCUUUAUGGCCUUGGAAAUGUUACUGCAAAACCCGGAAGUCGCAAUAAGAUCACCGUCUCGGGAUACCUCGAUCAAUACGCUCAGUACAGAGAUCUCUCACUGUUCCUGAGAAAAUAUGCCCCCCAGGCUGCGGGGGCCAAUUUUUCAGUCAGUCUUGUUAACGGUGGCCAAAAUACACAAAACUCCACCCAUGAUUCUAGGGAAGCAAAUCUCGAUAUCCAAUACGUUAUCGCGCUGUCCUACAACAUGAAGGUUGAAUACCUUUCCGUCAAGGGUCGUGGGCCCCUAAAGGAAGACCUUGAUCAGCCUAAUCAGGCUUCGAAUCAGAACGAGCCUUACAUGAACCAACUAGAAUACCUUCAUAGCUUACCAGAUGAGGACCUCCCCACUGUACUUACUACAUCCUACGGGGAAUCAGAACAAAGUGUACCGGAACCUUAUGCCCGCGCAACAUGCAACGAAUUUGCAAAGUUGGCUGCAAGAGGGGUAUCGAUCAUUUUCAGCAGUGGAGAUUCAGGAGUGGGCAGCUCUUGUAUGACCAAUGACGGACAGAAUAGGACUACUUUCAACCCCAUUUUCCCGGCUACAUGUCCCUGGGUCACCUCCAUUGGAAGUACGCACUCUCGUAACCCUGAGGCCGCCAUAGGAUUCUCAUCAGGCGGGUUUUCGAACUACUUUGCCCGCCCGGAAUGGCAGCAGAGUGCUGUUACGGAAUAUCUGCGCAUUUUAGAUACCAGGUGGCAGGGCUAUUAUAACCCACAUGGUCGCGGAUUUCCAGACAUCGCGGCACAAGGAAUCAGGUAUCCAAUCUACGAUAAGGGUGUUGUGAAAAUGGCUGCCGGAACAAGCGCCUCCGCACCAACCAUUGCUGCCAUCAUUGCUCAUCUGAAUGAAAUCCGCCUUUCCCAAGGAAAGCCUGUGCUUGGCUUCCUCAAUCCUUGGCUUUACAGCAAGGGCUUUCGAGGAUUUACCGACAUCACGAAUGGGGGAUCGAUUGGGUGCACGGGUACCGCGCUAUACAGCGGGCUGCCGGCGAGAUAUGUCCCUUAUGCGAGCUGGAAUGCCACCAAAGGGUGGGAUCCGGUGACCGGUUUCGGGACGCCUAAUUUCGAAAAGUUGGUCAAGUUGAUGCCAUGA